AUGCGUCUAACUGUAUUCUCAUCACCCCGAGCUCCUGGCGAGCCAAGAACUUCCGCACCCUCUCCCGUAGACCCAACUCUAACUGUCGUGUCAAGCCAAAAUGCGUCAAUCCAGCUACUGGGCUCCUGCAUCCCUACUGUUUGCAAAAUCAAGCCUCGGUACUCGGAUGGCACGCGCACGUAUACGUGCUGUGGGAUGACAUGUGCCAACAAGAUGAAGGCCACUGUUCCUAAGCAGAAUCUGGUGCCCAGAAAUCACGACGGUUCGUGCCAAGCACCGAAUUGCACCCAGCCCGUCUUGCAAACUCUUAAUGGGCCAGCCAAAUACUGUUCGCAGCCUCACAAGGUUCUGGCAGAAACCGCGUGCCUCUGGUGCCGCCUGUCACCCAAGAAGGGCGAUCGUCAUUUCUGUAGCACUGCCUGUGCAACCGAAGCUCAGAACAAUGCGGCGAUCUUGCUAGAGAUCCCAGCUGGUCACGUCACUUACAAAGACAUUGUCCAUCAGUUCCAGCGCUCCUGGAGACAUGAUACGUACUGUCCCUCGGUGAAGUAUAUAUACAAGAUCGUCUCUUCGAAAGAGCUGUCAGACAAGUAUGAUGCCUACAAGGCUAAGGUCGAGAGUCGUGGGCAUUUCGCUGUGCAAACUGGUCUCACGGCUGGUAACGAAAACAGGCGAUGGCACGGCACCCUGCGCAAAUGUAACAUUGGAGACAAGGGCGAGACUCAGCUCUGUUCUUCCGACUCUUGUUCCCUUUGCUGCAUUAUCAGGAAAUCCUAUCAAAUCAUCUUGUCGGGCAAGAAUACGGGUUGGGGGAGAUUUGGAGAUGGUGUCUACACGUCUUCAACGUCAUCGAAGUCCAAUGACUACUCCAAAAACGAGGAUUCCACUUCUCCGCUGAAAGGGAUGCUACUCAAUAAGGUGGUCGUCGGCCUAGGUUACAAGCUGACAGAGAAUGACUCGUCGCUUACCAAGCCGCGUGAUGGAUAUGACUCCGUCAUCGGCGAGGUAGGCGGCAAGCUCAACUACGACGAGCUAGUGGUUUACAACAAUGACGCCAUCCGCCCGUCGUACCUAGUCAUGUACGAGGCAGCUUGA